CUCUCUCUCUCUCUCUCUCUCCCCUCUCUCUUUCUUUCUCUCGCUCGUUUUAAGCCCUAAACGCGAUUAGGGUUUUGAGAACGAUCCCCUGAUCGGGGGCGCUCUCCUACCCGUGCGAAACCCGAUUCCCCCGUAGAUGAACUCGAAUUCGUCUUCUUCGUCUUCGAUUUCCUGUUAUUCAGUAAUCGCGAUCGGAAUCGUCUCCUUCGUCACCACUGAUGGCCAUCGCCAACUACGAAGGAGACGAUGAUAUCAACCUCGAGAAACCCUGCUUUGGAUUCCACUUUGUCUCUUCUAUGCCUUCCGAUCUUGAUGCCCACAGCCGACCUCGCAAGAUGCCCAGGAUUUCCUCCUCCCCAGUAAUCUCGGAAAGGAGAGAAAGAAAGGCUAAUGAAGAAGAGCAUCAGUCCGACACUGUCAACUAUCUUCCCGACGAGUGCCUCUUUGAGAUCUUCCGGCGACUUCCAGGGAGUAAGGAGAGGACCAAAUCUGCUUGUGUUUGCAAAAAAUGGCUUUUCCUUCUGAGCGGCAUCCGCCCGUCCGAUGCUGUUCAGCGGAAGAUUUUACCAAAUCUUAACGCUGAUGGGGUCGGUGAUGAGGAAGAGGAUGAUGAGGGAGAGGUAGACCAGUCUCAUAGUAGGAUCUUGGAAGGCAAGCAGGCUACCGAUAUUCAACUUGCCGCUAUAGCUGUAGGUAAUAGUAGUCGUGGAGGGCUUGGUGACCUUUUGAUCCGAGGGAGCAAUAGCUAUGGCAAUCCAACUUGUGGUAUCACUGACCGUGGGCUUUCUGCCGUAGCUCAUGCUUGCCCUUCCCUUCGCAUUCUGUCAAUGUGGAAUGUUCCUUUAGUCACUGACAUUAGCCUAUCUGAAAUUGCUGGUGGAUGUCCCAUCCUGGAAAAGCUUGACCUCACACAGUGCCCGCUAAUCUCAGAGAAGGGUUUGAUUGCCGUUGCGAGGAAGUGUCGGAACUUGACUUCUCUAAAAGUACAGUCAUGUGCAAAUAUCCACAAUGAAGGCCUGCAUGCUAUUGGCCUUUGCUGUCAAAAGUUGAACUGCCUUAUUAUCAAGGACUGCCCACGAGUUGGUGAUCUAGGAGUCUCGAGCCUCAUGGCUUCUGCCUCUUCUUCCCUCCAGAAGGUCAAGCUUGAGGGUUUAAACAUCAGUGACAUUUCUUGUGCUUUUGUUGGGCGGCAUGGGAAGGGUGUUAGUGACCUUACCCUAAGUGGUCUCCAGAAUGUGAGCAAGAGCGAAAUCCGCAUCACAGCUAAGUCUCUAAGCCUGCAAAAUCUCAAUAGCAUAACAGUCACCUCAUGCUCCGGCGUCACUGAUCUGGCCCUUGAAUCCAUCGGAAAGUGUUGUCCAAGUUUGAAACAUUUGCCCUUCCACAGAUCUUUCCACCUGUCAGAUUCUGGACUGAGAGCUGUAACUGAAACUUCUAGAACACUUGAAAGCCUGCAACUAGAAGGGUGCAGCAGGAUCACUCUCAACAGUGUUUCUCUUUCUUCUCUUGAUACCAAUACAAACUACCAAUCACUAGCCUCGGCUAAAUGUUCGGAGAUUAAGGACUUUGAUCCUUCGCUACACCCCUCCUGCACCCAUCUUACAUCCUUGACUAUUCACGCAUGUCCUGAUCUCACUAGUGAUAGCUUAGCUCUUGUGGCAAACAUCUGCCCAAAGUUGGAGCAUAUCGACCUGAGUGGGCUUGUUGGUUUGACUGACAAUGGGCUUCUUCCUUUCAUCGAAGGUUCCGGAGACCGGUUGGUGAAGGUCAAUCUUUCUUAUUGUGUUGACCUGACCGAUGCAGCCAUUGAGGCCCUGGUCAAGGCGCAUGGAAGAACUCUCAAACUACUAAAUCUUGAUGGCUGUAAGAAGCUUACCGACAAGAGCCUCGUGGCGAUCUCAGUGAGUUGCUCUCGUCUCAAAGAGCUUGAUAUGUCAAGGUGCCAGAUCAGCGAUAUUGGCAUUGCGGUUCUGGCAUCUGCCAGGCACCUCCACCUAAAAGUCCUUACGCUGAGAAGUUGUUCGCAGGUGACUGAGAAGAGUUUUCCGCUCCUGUGCAAAAUGGCACACCCCUUGGGUGUGCUGAAUCUGGUCUUGCAAGCUGAUUGUUACCCGAGAGAUUGAAUCGCUUGCUGAAUCUGGCCUUGCUAGCUGAUUACUACCCUAGAGAUUGGCCAUGGCUUUUGUGAUUACACAUGAAGCCUGGCCCUGGUUCUUAGUCCUUCUCAUUCACAACUCACAAGUCUAGUGCGAUAUAUAUGGAUAAAAUAUGGGACAUUCCUAUAAAUGUAAAUUUUGCAACUUACUAAUAAUUUAUAAGAUUCGAUUAUAAGUUACAUCCAAUUGUUAUGUCGGUUUUAUUUUUGUACUUAAUUUUUCGUGUUGUAAAUGGUACUUGGAAACUAGUAAUCUUGCAAUCUAUUGUGUAUGGGGCUAUUGACAUUUGAUGUUCUA